CACUGCUGCCGAGCACGAGCUGUGAAGAAGCAGCCGGAGCGACAGACUGUGGGCUAAGUUUGUCCGCCCUGGCUUCCCAUCAGAGUCAAAGGGGCUUUGUUUCAUUGAUGAACAACAACCGUCGGUUUCGCUUAAAAUUCACAACAAAAGUAGAGGCGUUAGAAACGGUCAGGCACGUUCGUGACAUUUUGGAUAAUUUGUAGAGGCAAAGAGAGAGAGGGGGAAAGUGCGAACUAGCGGACGACUGCUCCAAAGUUGACACUCCGCUGUCAUGUUUGGUACUUGUUGAAUAGGCUGCGUGUACGUACCAUACAUACAUACACAACAUACAUACACAACGCUGGAGCCUGCGUGGGCAGCGUGCUGGGAAGAGGGUCUUCUGUAUCACCAUGAGGCAGUGACAGAACUGGGACAAUGAUGGCAGAGCUGGAAAUUGACCAGUCCAACCUUCCACGCGUCCAAGAAGUGUGCCAGUGUUUUGCUGUGCUGGAGGAUGGAGUGUUGGCACACAAUCUGCAGGAGCAGGAGAUUGAGCAAUACUAUACCACCAACAUCGAGAAGAACCAGCUAGUGCAGAAUGACAUCCGUGUAGCCAAAAGGCUUCAAGAUGAGGAAGAGGAGCAGCAGGCCCAGCAGAGCGCCCUCCUCAGACAGGCUUCCAGACAACUAGAGGAGCAAGACUUUGAGUAUGCCCGUGUAAUUCAAGAGGAGAUCCAGCGUUGUGCUGAGGAGGCCCAGAGGAGGGAGAAGCACGAUGAGGAAAUAGCUAAACGAAUGCAGGAAGAGGAGAAUCAGAGACGAAGGAGGAGGAGCAGAGGGCAGGAGGGCCAUAGUGAAGGCAGCGCCAGCGAUCCUGCACUGCCAUCCCCAUACCAGCACACACUCAGCAGCCUUCACCAAGGAGAGGAGCAGUACUCAUCUACCACCACCAGGUGGCAAUGUUCUACCUCUCACCACCAUUCAGAGUUAACUGAGCCUCAAGCUGACUCCCCCAGGGGGGUAGCGGCUCAGAAAAACACAGCUUCAUGGUCAAAUCAAGGACACACAGAUUCCUUUAGGGAAAUCAGGAGUGAAUUGAGAGAGCCUUUAAGUGAGGAUUCAGAGGACUCGGACACAGUUUUCUCUGAACAACUCUCUGUCUUGUCCCAGAGACUGAAUGAAAGACUCAUCACGGCACCUCAUCGACGGCGGGCAUCUUUACAUCAGCCACAAGAGAGAAACUACAGAAGUCUGUGCACUGGUAACAGCUUCACAGAUAAGCUCAGAGGCUGGGAGGAGGAGAGUGGAGAGCAGGAUGAGGACUAUUAUGAAAAUGGUGACCUAGAGAAGAGGACACCUAGGAAUUGGGAUCAGGAAAGGAACCAUAAAGAUCAGGAUAGAGACUCUAGGUUAGUCGACGUAAGAGAAAGGCGAUGUAGUCGCAGUGAAUCUGUCAGUCUACAUGACAGGAGCAUACAGAGCAACAGAGACCUAGUGAGAACUUGGAGCUAUAAGGACAACCCUGACAAACAUGUCCAUUUUCAGGACAACACCAGGAGCUCUAACAGGCAGCAUGGUGAAAGACGUGGAGUCUGGGAGAUGCUAGGCCAGGUCCUCAGAGAGAGGGGUGUGCCUGUGAGGUUUGGCGGCAACAGGGCGCCACUGCAAAUAAGGCCUCAAAGCAGAGAGAGCCAGGUGCUUCAUGGGAGUGAGGUCUCCUGUAGCGACUCCCAACCACAUCAGAGAGUCUUCCAGAGAGCUGCCUCCACCAGGCACAGUUUCCAUGGAGAUAUCAGGGAGAGGAGGAGAUUGUCAUACCGAGAGAACAGUGGGAGAGAUCACAGAGAAGACCGAGACAGGCACCGUAAAGAUGUGGAGCAUGAUGGAGAGGUUUAUGAGAUUAGUAGUAGUGACUCACAUCUUGCUAACAGUGAAAAGCGGGACAGUAGAAGGUGGAAAGAGCACAGAUGCACUAACAAUGAUGAUAGGGAGAGGAAUGCAGAUGAUUGCAGGGUCAAGAGGAAAACAAGCCAACACAGGCAUUGGCACAAGACCACGAAACAAAGGUUAAGCUCAGAGGAGGAGCAGGAGGUUGAGAGGAGAGUAGAGCGGCCCCACAGAAGAGCCCCACAGCGUAGCCAAAGCCUCAGCAGCAGCGGGGCUUCAACCAGGGAUAGGUCAAGGCACAUGGCAGCAGGAACGGCAUUGCAACCAGAGCAUGGCGAGGCAAGCCUGGACCUGGGAGAGCUGCGGCAGGUUCUACAGGAUGAAGAACUGGCUCACAAGCUGCAGGAGGAAGAGGAACAGCUGUUGAGGAGGAACUCCCAGCCCUCUCCGUGUAGUGCUUAUCCAGAGGGAGACUUCAGAGUAGCACAAGUGGCACAGGAUGAGGAAAUUGCACGUUUUAUGCAGAAGCAGGAAAUUAAGUCGAAGCGUAGAUCUCGCGAGCUAGAAGGGCCGGCAUCUUGGCGCGAGCACAGAACAAUGAUCAGUCAUCAUGACAGACAAGCUGCAAGAGACAGACAGGGCCAACGAGAGAGGCUUGACUCAGAGGGCCUUCCUUCCCCCACUGAGGACUGCUCCCCAGAGAAUCAGUCACCCAGCCUUAUCUCCACUUUACCACAAGCCCAGCAGAUCAGAAACAUUGCGGAAGAGCUGGACCCGACCUUCCAGGCUAGGAGGCAAGACAUAGAGAGCCUCAGAGUGAGACAAACAGGUCCAACCUGUCAGUCACUUCCCAUGCCGCAUUCUAGCUUACGUGACCUCCUCGAGGAGCCUACUUUCAUCCCACCUACUAAACGGCAAACGGACAAAUCAGGACGCACGAAACCCAAAGAGAAGAAGGAAAAUUGCAAGCAACAAUAAUUUUCAACACAUUGUGCUGUUGGAGUACAUAUAUAUUUUAUAACACUAAAUAUCAGUUCAGCUACAGAGUUCUCAUUACUUAUUACUUUAAGGUUGAAUAUUGUAAGAAUUAAGUUCUCUCUGCCAUCCACCCCUACUAGCACUUUAGACCGGUGGAACAAAGAGAAAGAAUUGAGAGAAGGACUCCUGCCUUUAAUAAUUAUCAAAGGGAAAAUCAAGGUUAAUUGAAGUAUUGUUUGAAUUAUUCAGUGUUAAUGAGUGUUUAAUUUAAAUUGUAUACCUUUUUUAAAUUAUAUUUAUAACUUUUGUUUUUAUUUAGUUAAGCAGUAUACCGUGAGCAUCCAAAAUGUCAAAUGACAAAACAAGAAGUUACUAUAACCCUUGAACCUGGGUGAAGUGGUUAUCGGACAAGCUACUUUAAGACAUCCACUUUUGGAGUGUCUGCCAACUUUGUUUCAAAGCAGUUUGGCAGGACACCAGCCAUGUUUACAAUAGUAAAUGACAAUCAAAUGAACUUAUUUAACCCUUAUAAAAUGUAAAUCCCAUUUGUUACAAUUAUCAUCAUAUGUUAAAUUGUUUUGUAAUAUCCAGAUGUAAAUAUAUCCUUUGGGGACAGUAUAUGUAACAAAGUAAUCUAAGCUCAAAGGUCCAUUUAUUAACUUUUUGGAGGUUUCAUCUGCAUCUCACGGUCAUUUAAAUCAACGCCAAAGACCAUCCUUAAACUGAGACAGGAAUUAGGUCUUCCCCCCUAUAUAACGACCACUUGUUAUCACAUGACUGAAUUUCCACACUUAAGCCACAUGACACCUGAGCCAGUUCCAUUCGCUGAAUGAAGACGUUGAGAUGCGCCAGAAAGCUUGUAAGUGGACCUUUUAAGCUUAAAGUAUUUGGUACAUAUCCAACUCAUGUUUUUGUAUAUUUUGCCAGGUGGGUUUUGUCCAGAGACAAUUAUGAUGCCAAUUAACAUUAUUCAUUAUACAGAAUACUUGCUCUAACAACAGAUUUGAUUUUUAUGCACACAUAACCAUUUAUUGGUCUCAGUUUUUGUUUUUUGUUUGUUUUGUAUGUUCAUAUUACUCCCACGUUUUAAAACAAAAAAACAAACACUUUUUGUUGUUUUUUGUUUGUGUUUUUAUAAAUGUAAUAUGCCACGGCUUAGGUGGACCACUAUGAAUGCAAUUGUUCUUUAUGCAAGUGCAACAAAUAAAAACAAUUCACAUUUUU